AUGGCUCCACAGAUGCCUUCCCUCCCGCCGGGAACUGACGUGUGGAAGACGCCAGCGGCGCCACAAGCGCCACCGGGCUACAUUCAGGACCUCGAGCACCCGGCGACAAACAAGAAUAUCGGAAUCGUCACAUUGUCCAUUUUCAUAGCUAUAGCUACCAUUUUCGUGUGCAUGCGCCUUUAUGUGCGCUUCAGGGUGAUCAACCACAAGCCGUGGUGGGAUGACUUGGUUCUUGUACUCGCACUGCCCCCUCAAAUCGCGUACACGGGCAUCACCAUAUGGAUGUUGGAGAACGGUAUGGGAGGCAGACAUAUCUGGGAUACAUCUCUCGGUAUCAUAAUGUUCAAGCUACCAUAUUGGACUACAGUCGUCGCAGCACUUCCCCAGGUAAUCACACUCCUUGUGAAAAAUGCUCUCCUGCUUCUCUACCUGCGCAUAUUCAAGCCAAACCGACUGGUCCGCUACGGAAUCUUCCUCGGCUUAUUCUUAGUCACCACCAUGUACACAGCUUGGAUGUUCAUCUUCAUCUUCCAAACCUCCUUUGAUAACCAGGUUGGACAACGCCUGUCAUACGCGCAAGCUGCGUUUAAUAUCGCGACCGAUGUGUACAUCUUUGUACUUCCUAUCUCUGGCGUUGCACGCCUGCACAUGACGCCAAAGCGCAAGAUCGGUGUCAUCGCCAUCUUCUCGAGCGGCAUCGCGGCGAUCGUCAUGAGCUGCCUCAAUCUCUACUGGAAAUCACAAUACAACGGCGUGAACCCAGACCCGACCUGGAGUGCCACUAUCCGCAUGACCAUAAGCGUCCUCGAAAUCGAUGUUGGAAUCAUUUGCGCCUGCAUGCCUCUCUUCGCGACUUUUCUCCCCAAGCGAGCCCGCCUUGUCAGCUGGGGUACCUACAUCCGGUCGAUGCGCACGCGUCUCAUCCGCACGAACAACGCGUCGCAAGGCUCCAAGGCUACGGGCGCGGAUUCGCAUUACGGCAACGUCUCGGAUAGCAGCCUGGUCAACAAGAAUGCGACUUAUGUGGAGCUUAAUGAGCGCAAGUCUAACGCUUCGUCUGCGAAGAAUGAUAGGAGGAGGGAGUGGUUUGAUGCGACGACGUCACUUACGCAGGAUACGAAUAUCGAUAGGGCGAGUAAGGAUGUUACGCAGCUUGCUCAGCAGAUGGCACAGCAGCAGCAGCAGAAGCAUUGA